GUUAUGUUUGUGUCUACAUAACCGUCAAAUAUACAAAUUUUUUAUAUUAAGAACAAAAUGACCGAAUUUACUUUAAGUUAUCGCGAAGUUAUACCGGAUCAAACGGUUUUUGAAAAUUGGAAAGAAAUCUCCCUUACUACAGGUGGGACACAAAGUACUCUCCAAGAUAUAAAAGUAGCUGAACGAGCAAAUGGAUUUGCUUAUGAAGAUUCAACAAAGCAUCAUACAAGAAAUAGAUUUAUUUACUGGAGAAUCAACUAUGAUGUCUUGGAAUUGGUAGAACAUAGUUUGGAUAUUAAUUUAACAGCAAAUAGAGUUAGAUACAAGUUUACAGAUACUCCUAUUCUGGAUGGAGUUUCCAUUCACGAAACUUAUGAAAAUAUUAUUGUGCUUGUCCCAACUGUUUGUAGUAUACACCGUUUAAUAUUUCCACACCCUGAUAGGUUUCAUAGACAGGAUGAUUUACUGGGAGUGCAUCCAGAUUUGGCUGCUCCCUCAAUAUUUUCAAAAGCUUCACCUGUGGAUGCCAGAAAUCCAAAUACUUUUUAUGUUUUUAAUAACCCAACCACUGCCACUGACCAACUGCCCAAUUUAGCCAGUUCUUACUUGUUACCUGAAACUGAGGAAGCAUUUUUUAUAUUAGCCUAUCCAUCGACAGAACUACUAUUGAUAAAACAAAAUCCUGACAAUGGUCAAGUUGUAUGUACAGAGCUGAAAGGGGAAUCUUUGAUGCCCAGAUUUUUGUCUGGUCUUGCAGAAAAGUUUAGACCAAGAAAUUCUGACGGUGAUACCAUAGUGAGUCUCUUGUUUUAUAUUGUUGAUUAUGAAACCUACGUUUUGACAUUGACAAGAGAUGCCCAUCUCAAGUUUUGGUCCUGUACUAAAGGGCAAUGUGUCGCUGUUAUAGAUGUCAGAGAAAAGACAGGAGAUGGUUCAAAGGAUCGAGUACAGGGAGCCAUAUUAAGAAAAGCAGUAGAUGGCAAUAGUACUGAAAGUAUCUUGGCAGUGUUUUUAAAUUACUCCAGUGGUGGCCAAUUCCAUAUCUUAAAUCCAAUAAUAAAAGGCCAGGAAAUAACAAUUGACAGAUUAGUCACUUUAUACUCUCCUGAGAACGAUCUUAUCGAUUUUGCGUUACAAACUAAUCGCCUUUGGUCUGUAUGGCGAUGUGAAGAUGGCGACAGCGUAGUGUACACUGCCACAUUGCCCGUGUCUCGUUGUGCUUCCUACAAAUCGAGCAAUUGGUCACCUAUUAUUUUAGAAACAUUACCUGAUGCCAACCAAGCACCUGCUAAUGAUGGAGACAGUGAUCCAGACAAGUAUAUUUGCAACACAUUUUCCAUCCCGGCAGAUUUCCUUUGCACAUAAUAAGCAAAGCUCUUUCUAUUUACAAGAGGUCUACUAUUUUAUCUGAUGCCCAAAUAUCAGCCUCAGCUUUAAAACAAAGAAUUUGUCUAGCUGUGGAUAAUGAAAUACAAAACACGUUAAAUGGAUCUAAUGUGAAUGAUGAUGAAUAUUUAGAAUGUGCAGAAUGGUGUUGGCAAAAAUUCUACUCUUGCUGUGUACAGUACCAUAUCGCUAGCUUAAAACCUCUUGGUCUGAUGUUAUUACCUUCUGUCUCUGGAGCAGUAUUUUUGAAAAAAUCGACGUUUUCAUUCCUUAGACCUUUGGAUCCCCUGGAACACAUGACUCUCUGCUAUGAAGAUGUUUACAGAGACCAAUUCAUCAAUUUUUCUAUGUUGGCUGAAGAUCCAGACACAACCGAUGAUGUAAUGAACUUGUUUAAAGUCAUCGUAUAUUUAGAACAACAAAUGAGUGAAUCAUUCGUCCAGGCAUUCGAGAAAGAAAUUUUUAAUCUACACGCACCUGAUGUCAUCAUGGAAGGUUUAUUAGAGAAGAUUCAAUCUGAAAUGGAUUGCCAGUUUGCAUCGCAUAUAUUGGAAAUGAUGAACGACGUUACCGAUCUAUACAAAGGAAUGCACAAAAUUUUAGAACUCUUAAGAUAUGAAAAUACGUUAGCCAGCCCUGAUAACGACAUCAAUCCUGGAGCUUUGUAUCAUUUCAGUUCCUUGUUGGGCACUUCAGUUGUCGCUGAAAGCUUGAGACAACAAGCACAGAUAAGGUUUCAAAUAUGUAGAAAUUUACUUCUGAUCUGCAACAUUUUGUUGAAUGAAAAAACGUUGGAUUGGGGUGUACUAGAAGCCAUACGUUCUGUAUGUACCCCGGAGAUUGUUGUACUCACACAAGCUAGUUAUGUAGUUCUAUGGCUGUGCGGAUUAACUACUAUAGUUAACUUACCUUUCAGUGCUCGCGAAUCUUCGAUAAAUAGAUUGGCGCCACUCAAAUUAGCUCCUGUUUUGAAUUUGAGACCCGUUACUACAUGCACGUCGUUAUUGGAACUCUUUAUAUCCUCUACCGGUGGCCAGGAAGCAAGGAAAUCUUUUGCCAGAGUAAAUUGCAGCGACGAAGCAUUGGCCCACUGGCAUAUCUCGCUUUUACCUUAUUUGAAUCACGUGAGGCAUAUAAUUUGGCCCAUAACUGGAGGUACAGUUCUUGCCGAGUGGCUGUUAAGCAGUGGACAACAUUUAUGGUUGCAGCAGUACGUUCGUUUACUUAGCAACUGGUGCGAAUGGAAUUGUUGUACACGAAACUUCUUGCUAGCUUCUGCCUUUUUGUCAACUGGAGAAUACAACAAAGCAGAAGAUUUGUUUGAAACUGCUGCUAAAGGGGUUUUAACAGAUGCCUUUUUACAAGAACGUUGUUUAAAAGGAAAUUUACCCAGUCCAACUGGAGCGUACAUUCACUACUAUUUAAAGGUUAUUCAACUAUUUGAACUUCACAAGGCCAAAGAUUCCGUUAUAAGCAUUGCAAAUACUGCUCUGAGUAUUGUAGACCCAGAAGAUCCGUUAGCGGCUACUUUAUAUUCCAUCAAGUUCAAACACCACUUGGCACUAAAGCACUACGAACUCGCCUUCGAUUCGUUGAAUGCGAAUCCAGAUGCAGAACGAAAAAAAGACAACCUGAGAGAUUUGGUCAAAACACUGUUGGAUGAAAAGAAAUUGGAUACAUUAUUGAACUUUACGUAUGGUAGCAUGGAUGAGUUCUUUACAAAUAUACUGUUGACUAGAGCUAGAGCAAACGAUGCGGUCAACAACAUUUUCUACGACUUCUUAUAUUCGUAUCAAAUUAAAAGAGGACCCCUGUCACACAGACUAGCUGCAUCAGUAAUGUACGAGCAGGCUUUCAGAUUAAAUCAUAUUAAUAGCGUCGAAGCACUGGAAAAACAGGUAAAAUGCUACUUGGCAGCCAAAAACGUUCUACAUCUAUGCAAACCAGAACACGCUUGGGUAGUGCGACCAGCCGAUCCAGAUGAAGAAGAUGAAGUAAUAACUAUUCAGCCUUUGGCCGGAUCAAAUGAAGAAAUGAAAGUGUUUAGAUUGAGAAAACAAGUUGAAGUUGUUAAUAUCGAAACUGUUGAGAAGGAACUUAUUUUCGCAAGUGCAAAAUUAAAAUUGGCAAGGUUUAGUUCGAGCCUAUCACCAGUUAAUAUAACAACUCCUGUGGAAUUGGUAACAUUAUUAAAUACUGCUGGUCUAUUCAAAACUGCCCUAGACAUUUGCACGACAUUUGAAUUAUCAUAUGCAAGCAUUUUCGAAGUAUUAACAAAGAACUGCGUUUCAUUGACUGAAGAAGAAAAUCCCAGUGCUUGGAACUGGCUGGUAGAAAAUGAUUUGCAAGAUCUUCCAGUUAAUAGAGAUAGUGCAGCAGAUGUAGUUUGGCAGUUCCUACAGGACUGCUUGGAGAAAUAUGAAAAACCUUGCAUGACCACACUACAUUAUGUCGUUUGCAAAAAGAUUAUAGGCAUGAGAGUCUAUUUUCCCCAUUGGCUUGUAGCUUCCUACAAGGUUCGAAAUCCUGCUGAGUUUUUAAGAUUAUUACAUGGUUCCGGAAGAUUAGAAGAAGCAAUUGAAUUUACAAGCGAGUAUAUACUAUCUGCAAUGGGUUACGGUAAAGAAUUUUUCGGUUUUACACAACCUUUAGCUCCAACGUCGCCUGCUUUUUGUUUACCUGUCUAUGCCAUCGAAAGGUUAAUUGAAGAAUUAAAAAUACAAAAUUCCAUGAGUCUGGAGCAACCUUAUCAGAAGGAAUAUGAAAAUUUAAAAACAUUGUUUGCAAAAUAUUUAGAGACUGCCACAAGAGUAUCGAACCAGAUGUGUCAAACAAAAUUAACUUCGGGAUCCCUUAGAACGAAUGUUUUUUCAAUAGAUGCUAGAUAAUACUUUCUUCAAUCUUUUUUUUAUACAAUAAAUACUUUUAAGU